CGGCUUUAUGAGACGACUACGUAUGUAUCUUGGAGGAAAUCAAUGGCGGAUACUUGGGCAUCGGUAAGUGGGAGAUGGUCAACUGUCUGUGAGCCACUCUGGAGGGUCACUGACGUGUGUUGGAGGUGGAGUGACUGCUUCAACCAAAGAAUAAUUGUGGUCUAGAACGACAUAGAGAAAAAUGAUUAUAUCUGGGGGAUCAUCUUGGGGGGAUAGCCCCGGGAUUGUCGUUGUGUAUGUCAGUGUUGGCACCUUCACCAAAGCAUGUGCCUAGUGUAAGUCGGCAGUUCGUGGAGUGAGCUAGCCUUCAUGAAACCUUGGUAAGAUUCGCAUUUGAGUGCGUAAUGAUGGCUGUCCCGAAAACUGAAGCCUACGUCUGCGUAGUACGUAGAUAUUGAGAAGUCUUCUCCUCACUUGAGCAAGUCAUGAAGGUCACUUGUAAUGGGACAGUAUUAUGGGUCUUAAUAUGAGACUCUCUUGCGUCUUUGGCGGAGUGGCCGCCAUCUCGUUUGGAAGCGUCAAUCGAAACGAAGUCUAUGAAACCAACUGAUAAGAAUUAAUUAUCCGAUGUCAUGCAAGUUGCCGUAUGUACAAGACAUAAAUGCAUGUCCAACCAACAAGAUACUACGCAGCAUGGCUGGGCAUGUCAAACAAGCCUGACCAUCAACUUAUCAAUUCUGGGGGGUUCUAAACCUCAUGCCAUGGUGUCAGCCACGUGGUGAGAGGGAAACGUCAAAGACUGGAUCGGAUAGAUAAAGCUGGUGAUACUGGCAGAUUAGUAUGUGAGUGAGUAGCAAGGGUUGAUAGGCAGCCACAUUGUUUCAAUGGAGAUCACAUGACUAGAUAUCAUCUCGGCGCGGAUUAUUAGAGUCCGAUAGAGGACUGGCCAAUAGGAUACUUGCUGAUCCUUCAGGCAGCAGCAUUUCCGAUUCUGAGACCCUUGGAAAAUGACCGCAAAUAGGCCGCGCCGCAAGAUCCGCUUUGUGUAGGCAACGAAAUAAACAGCUUCUUCUCAACAAAAUGAAAUGAUUUGAUCUGACCUACAAUUCAAGAUUUACCAUUGUUUUCUCUUCUCUUCUCGCUGAGUACAUGUGACUUUUGUUUGGCCCUUUUUAACUUACUUAUUUACUGGCCAAGAACGCCAAUGGCUGGGCCUCGCUAAUUACACCACCUCCAAGACCAGUACCAAGGGCCCCGCUUCAGAUCGCCAUCAAGCAUCACGAUCAAGACAUCACCCUCAGACUUGGCGACUGUUGUCAUAAACAGGGCUUCAUUUCCCAUUCUAGGACUCACCUUCAACAUAUUCGCAGCAGCUCACCAAAAUGGAGUCGUUUUUACCGCUGGGCGGCUUUCAGCUGCCCUUUCAGAAACGCCUCAGCAGACUGUACAACGAUACUAAGAAGUCAACCGACUUUGUCAAAGAGCCAAUUCAAAAUGAGGAAGAUCCAGAGAUCAAGGCUCUACACCGGAAACUCCGCAUUCAGAAAGAUCGUCUAGUGAGUUGGGGUCUCGAAUGGUCUGAUCCCACUCAAUCUGUUGAGAUCGAUGAGUCUCUAUCAAAAGCUGGGUUGAGUGAGGUUGUUGGAAGUAUCAUGUCCACCAUCAAGGACAUCCUAGCAGAAGCUGAGCCUCUUUGGCUAAGCUCAAAGCGCAUGAUUUCAGCACCUGCUACGUCAAAAGAUACGAAGCCGCCGCUGGUUCAAUGGGAUAAGAAUCAUUUUGAGGAUUUGGUUAAUGACCUUACUGCUUCAAUUGAUACACUCUACGAUCUGUCGCGGACACGAGCAGCGGCUGGUGGAAUCCCAAGAAGAUCAUCGAAGACACCGUUCAAGUCCAUGGCGUCUACCGAGGAGUACAGACCAUUCGAGUCCAGCCGCAUGCAAACGCCUCAGCAAAUUAACCCCCAGACGCUAACUCAUCUGCGGCCUAAGCAGGGUAAUGAGGCUUCUGCUCCCCGAGAGGUGGUCUUUAUGAGCAAGACUGCUUAUUCUGAACUAACACAUGGGACGACUCGCCAACCGUGGGCACCUCUGCUUCUGGAAUAUGCAACCUUCGAUUCAAUUUAUGCCGUGACGGGUAUCAUGCCUCCCAUGGCUCGCUUUGAGAAACUAUCCGCCGGCCUGCAACAAGAUUCUCAGCGAUCGCCUGGCACAUGGACUGGACUACCUCGACUUCUCGGCUAUUUCGAAGACCUAGAGAACUCGAGACUUGGCCUUGUCUACCGAUUCCCUCCCUCAUUCAACGCUGUCUCAUUUGAGCGUCUCACUAAGAAUCCUUCUUAUAACCUCCCGACUCUGAAUGAUCUUCUCUCUGUUCCAGGAUCAGAGCCUAAGCUUGAGGCCAAGUUCAGACUUGCUCACAAUCUGAUGAACACUGUUUUCGACCUGCAUGCUCGCGGCAUUACCCACGGAAACAUUGCUCCAACCACUGUCUCAUUCUGUGAUGCAGUCACCUCGCAACCGGGUGCGACUAAUGGCGAGGUGGAUAUUCGACGCCCUCUCCUUUCUUCUUUCGAUCUCUUUCCCGAAGAUACCCCUUCGACAUCACCAAUUCUUUCCCGCCAUCCCCUCGACCCACGCAAUGCCCAAUCAUCGCCUCUUGUCAAUAAUUCUGACCAGAGGGUUCUGGACCUGUAUUCCUUAUCCACUCUGUUGCUCUCAGUUGGCUUGUGGAAGAAACUGGAGGAUAUUGUCCCCGAGGCAUCCGCUUCUAUUCCUGACUCGGCCCUGGAAGAGCUUGCUGUCAGGUGCGGCAGCCUAUAUAUGAAGGCCGUUCAAGUGUGCUGGACCGCAGUCGAUGAUGAGCUUGCCGGACGAUCGUCUGGUGAAUCAUUGCUGUCGUCGGUGCAAGUUCGCUGCAGUCGCUUUUUAGAGGCCUGCUGUAUCUUGGACGGUGUUAGUGGUCUGGAGGAGAGGCUCGACCAAGAGCUUAACCCCUCUGAGACGCCAGCCCCUACCGGUGACUCGACCUCUAUGAAGAUUAACAAGGAUGUAAAGGAUGUCAAGGACUUCAAGUCAUCACUAAAAGCUGCAAGCGAGAAGCCAAUCGCGGCAUCAGCGCCUAACUUCGGAACAGAAAAAAGUGCUUCCAAGUUUGAGGCAGUCGCUGAUCAAGAUGAUGCCCUCGACAAGCAGUCAGAAACAAAGAUGCGUUUAUAUCCCCAUGUACCGCUAGCGCCAGAAGUCGUGGAGAAGUGGAAUAAGAAUCUUAUGCCCCAGAUCAACCACGCUCUUCGUCACUUUUACCGCAAGCACCCCGAGUCGGUCGAGAUCUCUCUUGAGUCAGUAGGCCCGAGCCCUCAGAAGACCCAACCCACAGUACUUGUUGUGUGUACAUCUGUUGGAAAAGUCCGGGCUAUUCUUAAGAAGAGGCUUGGUGACCUCUUCGAUGGAAGCAACGGUUUCGGACUCAAAGUCUGCCGGGGGCAUGUGUUAAGAUCUCGCCGACAGCCAAACUCCGUUCUGAGAUCCAUGGCUCGAAGGAGUGCUAAGGGUACUGGACUAGAAUCGGACGAUCUUGAAGCUAUCAACCCAGAGUAUCAAGAACGCCCGGGUAAUGGUGCCAGUAUUGGAGCCUGGAUUGGAGAUCGGCAUCUGCCCCCUGUUAGCCUCGGAGGCCUCGUCAUGGUUGACGACAAGCCUUACGGAAUGACAGUCCACCAUAUGUUAGACGACCCAGAUCGUGACUUUGGGCCCAGUGACACCCUCAGGUGCAGUGCUCUACCUGACAUGGACUGGUACGCGCAAUCUGGUGACGACAGCACUGUCGAUGACGAAUUUGGUUACGAGCUCUCUGAUACCGAAUCCGAGGCCUACUCGGAUUCCGAUAUCACCAGUGACUAUGAGGACGAUGAGGAUGAAGAUGAAGACGAGGAGUAUAACGAGCCUGGAGAUAUUCCUGGCAUCGAACCAGGAUGUGGUGAUGGUUACAUCGUCACACAGCCGGCUCUCGAUGACGUAGAAGAAGGCUUCUACCCUGACCCAGAGACUCAAGACGAGGAUCACCUCGACACUUACAGCGUCGGCGAGGUGUAUGCUUCAAGCGGCAUCCGCAGGAAGCAGGCCCUUGGACUCGUGCAUGAGGUUGACUGGGCUCUCUUCGAAUUCGCUCACGAUAGGCUGCCUGACGACAACACCAUUCCUCGCAUUGAUGACAAGUCGCCUGCUCACAAGGUCGAUGGAAAGCAAACAGCUGGGUCGCCUAUGUUGCGGCCAACAACUGUUGCCCCUUUAGACUCCUUGCCAAACAUGGAUGUGCAGUGCAUGGCUCGAACAAGUGGUUUGCAGACUGGCAAGAUUCUCCCUGCUCUGACGAGUGUGAAGAUCUACGGCCGUGUCUCACCAAGCCAUGCCUAUCAAAUCACCAGCGCGGACACAUCAGAACAGGGAUCUCAGAGCAAGAAUGUCCCUCUGGGUAUCCCUGGUGACAGUGGUGCUUGGAUCGUCAGCCGUGACGAGGGUCAGCUUUGCGGACACGUUCUUGCAUGGAGUCAGCGCAAGCGUGUUGCGUACAUCUGCCCCAUGGACGUCCUCCUCUGGGACAUCGCAGAAACUCUGGAGGCUCACGAAGUAAAGCUUCCGGGAGGACAGGCCGUGGUGACCCUCAACAGGUCGGAGACUCACACCGCCUCUAAGAAGCAAGAGGCAUCUAAUCUCGAGCUUCAUGACGAAGAUGACUUAUCGGACUUGGUUGAAGAGGAGGAAGAUCUGCCCCCUCAACUAGUCACGUCACCUGACCUAGUCAGAGACACCCCCAGCAUGAGAAAGUCACCCGUCUCCAACUGCAGCGGCGUCAGCGAUCGGAGCUCCUCAAGCCCCAUCCGCCUGGACACAUCAAGUGACCUGAGUGGUAUCUCUAAUCGAUUUGAAGAGAUGAGUAUGAGCGGUAGUUUUGGGAUAGGCGUUAGCGGUUGACAACGACAGUAGUCGUAUGUUUUUUUCCUUUGUUCGGCAAGGAAAGUUUGUCUAAAAAAUACCCUGUUAGCGUUGGAAUAUGAUGAGAAUGAAGAUAAGUAGUCCAGAAAUGGAUUUCAUAGUUGCAUAAAAUUGCAAGAAUAUGCAUUGUAUCAUGCUGCUCUGAUAUUGUCUCUCUCCUUUUACAUAAAGUCGUCCUCCCAGUUCUCAUCGCGGUCCUGGUUACUCGAACCAGCCAUGUUCUCCUCUGUGAAGAUAUCAUCGUAGGCAUGGUCCUUCUGCCACUUCUUCUCCUUCCACUCCUGAGCCUGCCGAGCCUCCUCCUUCUUCUACAAGGGCAUCAGUAAUCUCGGCUCAGUAUUCACGGAGGUUCUCGCUUACCCUGGCUUGGAAAGCUGCCUGGUCACGACGUCGCAGUUCCUUGAGGCGAUCAUCUCUCUCCUGCUUAAAGUCUGGCUUCUUCUCAACCUUCGUCUUGUUAAGACGGUUGACGAUGGGGUUCUCGCGCUGGGGAACCAGGACGCGCUUUACUUUGCGGGGGUCCUUGAAGCCGACUUGGCCGACCUCCAUGCUGCCGUCUUUCUUGAGGUUGGACCAUGGUGUGUAGAUGACUGUGACGUUGUCUUUCUUGUUGCCUUGGGUGGGAUGUCAGACAUGCCGUGGGAGGGGAUUAAAGGGAGGAAAUGUACCCUCGAUGGAAUUGGCCUUUGUCAGUUGGGCGAGGUCCAUGACGAGUUCUUCAGGGAGGGCGUCCCAUGCCUGGCCUUCUUGCAUGCGUAGGUAGAUAUGCGCGCUGGAGAGUUUAUCCGCGUGGAACUACAUAGACC